AUCAUGUGUUAUUCAUGACAUACACCCUCCUGACCAUUUAAGAGCGAAAUUGUGGUCACAGGUUUUGAUUUCCUUUUGUCCAAUCAAUUUAUAUAUGCUAUUUUCAUCCAUCGAUCAUUUAGCCUCUUUUUUAUCAUCUUUUUCUUUUCUGUAUACGUACAUAUGUAAGUACCUACGUAUGGAUUCCAUAACUUAACGAACUUUAUUUUCAAGAAGAAAACAAUAAACUAGACCAGUUGCUAUUACUUUAUUUCCUUGAAAAUGACCAUCUUAAAGCUAUCACUUUCCAAUAUCCCAAUCACAUGCAACGCCUUGUGGCCUAACCCUCCCCUAUUUAUACCUCUGCACACCCUCUCACCCCCUCCACACAUUUACAUCUUCCCUUAAUUCAGUUUCUCUUCUCUCUCUACUCUUGACCUCUGUCCUAUCCAUUUCACUUGCCCAUACUUGGAAAAAAGAAUCUAGACGUAUACUGUUGUAUUCAUUCAAUACUUUAGAUCCUUUUGAUGCAUUGUUCUUGUAACACUAUCAAUCUUGAUCAUCAAAACUUUACAACCAUGGUUCAUCAAGCUCAUGAACAUGGAGAUUUGUUCUCCCGGAGAUGCAUACUGGUAAACGGUCCGGUGAUAGUUGGGGCUGGCCCAUCGGGGUUGGCAGUCGGUGCAGGUCUCCAGCAACAAGGGGUUCCCUUUGUCAUCGUUGACCGUGCUGACUGCAUUGCUUCCCUCUGGCAAAACAAGACUUACGAUCGUCUGACACUUCAUCUCCCAAAGAAAUUCUGUCAAUUACCUUUCUUCCCUUUCCCACCUAAUUUCCCUGAGUACCCUUCCAAAUAUCAGUUUGUUGACUACCUUGAAUCAUAUGCGAAGAGAUUUCAGAUAAACCCACGUUUUAAUGAGUCUGUUGAGUCUGCUAAGUAUGACGAGAGCUGUGGGUUGUGGCGUGUGAGGACUGUUGUGGAUGAUUGUGAGGUUGAGUAUAUAUGUAGGUGGCUGGUGGUGGCAACCGGAGAGAAUGCAGAGAAGGUGGUGCCGGAGUUUGAAGGGUUGGAUGAGUUUGCCGGCCGUGUUAUGCAUGCUUGUGACUACAAGUCCGGCGAGGCUUUUGAAGGUGAAAGAGUUUUGGUGGUCGGCUGUGGGAACUCCGGCAUGGAAGUUUCUCUUGAUCUCUGCCACCACAAUGCUUUUCCGUCCAUGGUUGUCCGAAGCUCGGUUCAUGUCUUACCGAGGGAAACUUCUGGAAAAUCGACAUUCGAAUUGGCAUCUUCGUUGAUGAAAUGGUUGCCAGUAAAGGUGGUGGAUAAGAUUCUGUUGAUUCUUGCUAGGUGUAGUCUCGGGAAUUUAGAGAAAUAUGGUAUAAAGAGACCAGUAAUGGGUCCAAUUGAGCUCAAGAACACUCAUGGGAAAACCCCUGUUCUGGAUAUUGGUGCAUUACAAAAGAUCAAAUCUGGAAAGAUUCAAAUAGUUCCAGGAAUCAAGAAAUUUUCAAGUACUGGUGUGGAGCUCGUCAAUGGCGAAAAUCUAGAAAUAGAUUCAGUUAUUUUAGCAACGGGGUAUUGCAGCAACGUUCCUUCAUGGCUAAAGGAAAGUGAUUUAUUUACAAGAGAAGGGAUGCCAAAGAUGCCGUUUCCAGAGGGGUGGAAAGGGAAAUCAGGGUUAUAUGCAGUUGGGUUCACAAGGAGAGGUCUCUCUGGUGCAUCUUUUGACGCCAUUAGAGUCUCACAAGACAUUGCUAAAAUUUGGCAUCAAGAAACCAAAUCACAAAGCAAUCAUUAUGUCACUGUUUCGUGUGAUCGAAGAUGUAAAUAGAUGUAAUAACUCGUCCUACAUGAAUUAAAGAUCAGAAUAGUCAGCUGAGCUCCCCUUACUUCCACAAUGAUUAUAAAUUGAUCAAGAACUUAUUGGACUAAUCUAUAACAUUAAGCUUGAGGUGUUACAGUAGAUUGGUAGAAGGAACAGAAUCGGUUUUUGUGGUCUUUUUUUAUUUAUUUAUAUUAUUAUGUUUUGUAACGUGGUACACUGACAGAUAAGAAAAUGCUCUCACGUAGUAAAAAGAGAGAAUAGCCAUCUCCGGUUAAAGCCUAGGGUCUUUUGGGGCAUUAUCUAAAAAGAAAAGGAAGAUGAGGCGUUUUUUUUA